GGCUCACUAUCCUGGAACAAAAACAGUGCCAAAUGCCUUAUUAACUCAGAAGAAACUGUGGUCUUCAGAAGAUUAUAGUACUUUCAAUGAUGAAGUAGGUGCAGGCUGCUGGGCUCGGAUCCUGAACCAAAACUACGUGAAUGGAAACAUGACCUCGACCAUUGCCUGGAACUUGGUGGCUAGUUAUUAUGAAGAGUUGCCCUUUGGUCGAUGUGGGUUAAUGACAGCGCAAGAGCCGUGGAGUGGCCACUACAAAGUAGAAGCUCCUAUCUGGAUUACAGCACACACAACACAGUUUACUCAGCCAGGCUGGUCAUACUUGCAAGUGGAUGGACACUUAGAAGGAGGUGGAAGUUUUGUAGCUCUGACAGAUGGCCUAGGAAACCUUACCAUCAUCAUUGAAACUAUGACUCACAAUCACUCUCAAUGUAUUAGGCCUCCACUGCCUCAUUUCAGUGUGAAACCUCAGAGGGCAACUUUCUACCUCAAAGGGUCAUUUUAUAUGGUGGAAACCCUUCAAGUGUGGCAUUCUAGACUUGAUUUUGAAUCUGGAAACUCUACUCUUUUCCAGCAACUCCAUCCUGUAAAGGUGUGGAAGGGAAGUUUUUCUUUAGAUCUAAAAUUGGAUGAAGUCUACACUUUAACCACGCUCAAGACAGGGCAGAAAUGUAGAUGCCCAGAGCCUCCACCACCUCAGCCCUUUCCUUCAAAUUACAAAGAUGAUUUCAAUAUUCGUAAUCCACCUUUCAGUGAAGCUCCAAAUUUUGCAGAUCAGACAGGUGUCUUUGAGUACUUUGUAAAUGCCUCUGACCCAGGAGAUCAUGUGUUCACACUCCGCCAGGUGGUGGUUCAGCGACCCAUCACUUGGGUUUCUGAUGCAGACCAGACCAUCAGUCUCAUAGGAAAUUUUCGGUGGGUAAACAUGACAGUCACUUGUGACAUCUACAUAGAGAAGCAACGUGAUGGGGGCGUGUUUAUUGGAGGGAGGAUCGACAAUGGUGGGAUAUACGUUCGACGUACCAGAGGAGUUUUCUUCUGGGUUUUUGCAGAUGGCACCUACAGAGUCACUGGUGACCUAGCUGGAGAAGAAAUAUUAAUGAAAGGACUUUCUGGUGUCCGGGAUAAUGCAUGGCACACGCUUACUCUAAACAUUCAGGGCACUUCUGCCUCAGGGCUGCUAAAUGGUUAUCCACUCUGGGAGAACGUCACCGUUUCUAAGCCCAGCAACGGCUGGGCUGCUAUCGGGACUCGCUCGUUUGAAUUUGCACAGUUCGACAACUUCCACGUUAAAGCCAGCUGA